AUGCCAACGGAGCGCCUCUCGAUCAAUCAUGAGGCACAGGAGCUCAUGUUGCACUUCAUCGCACAGACUGCAGUCACCACCUUCGAACCGACAUCGCUGGACAUCUAUUCACAAGACGGCUAUACGAUCGAUGAAUGCGGACAGCUGAGGGCCAAGACUUUUUUCUAUGCCGAGAACCUGCGGUAUCACUUUGCCGCCGCAGCAGGUCACGUCGAGCUCUGCGCUUUGCUGAUAAAGGCAGGCGCCGACAAGUCCGCACUGGUAUACGAAGGGCCUUCUGACGCGAUCUUAUCACCAGUAUCACUCUUCGUAGCAUCUUGUACCGAUGAGCAGGCUGAUAUCAAGAUCGCCAUGCUCAGACUCUUCUUUGAAUGCAUUGACAUAUCAGACACCGAAAGCGACGGUUGUAUCACGUGGCUACUCCACCUUACUUUGAAUGAUCAAUACGUCGAAUUUAGCGUGCGCAAUGUCUGGUCCGCCCUGCAACACGCGAUGAGAUCUGUUCUCAACCAUGCGCAUCACAACAACUACCUCGAGCAAAUUCUCGGUCUUUCUAGCGAAGAGCGUCUGAAGAUUAGCAGAAGACAUCUACACGCUAUGGGUUCUUGGCUUGCUCUACGUGUAAUCGGUCGAGUGGUUCUACCAAUGGCAGUGAACGCCGGCUCGUUCCUGCAGAUGAAGGGCUUUGAUUGGAUGGAAGACAACCUCACCCAUAAGCAGUACCUGCAAGCACUGCCUAGUAUCUACUCAGCUUGGUGUAGCGCAGUGUUGGACUGCAUCGAGCAGUUGAAAGUGUACAUGCGCGAAGAGCUCGAUGACUAUAUAUGCCAAACGGGCAUGACACGAAGAACCUUCGUCUGUGUGCUGACUCAGUCCAAGGAUAUCCCUCAUGGCGCUGGAAAGUCACCAGGAACUGCAUGCACUCACUGCGGAGACGACUACGGUCCAUUUGCUGGCGGGCUGGUCGAACCCGCGCGUAUAGCCGUCGCAGAAUGCGUCAAGUCCGGCCACAACUCGAAUUGUGUCUGCGACACGAUUCAAAAAGGCUCGACGAUAUUAGAAGAGCUUCAGGACUAUACCGGAAUGCUUCAAACGGACGACAUCGACGAUGACCCGCAAUCGGAUGACGAGUUCUUCGACGCCCAGCCGCACAUUUUCAACGAUACCGACCUCCAGACCAAUUCCACAUCGAACAUGUUCACCGACAUCGCGACUUUGCUUUACAGCGCUCAAGGCCGGAUAUGGCUCGGUGAACACUCAAUCGGGGAGCGGCUAUGCUCGACCUGCCUCCUUCUCAAGGAGAAGUACAUUGGCGAAGAUGGCCUGUCUGCUGACUUUCCACCUAUGCCGAGAAGUUUCGAAGGCCUGCGCGUGAAGUGGUGA